AUGAACAUGUUUACAGAAUCAACACCCUGCUCUUGCGGCUUUCUACCACGAUCUUCAAAAAGUGAAAGACUCAGUUCUGAAUUGAUGCAAUGCGCAAAAGUUAUUGUUGAUAAUUGGAAAAGUCCAGUAGCAAUAAACUCUUCUUUAGACACUUAG